AUGUUAUUAGCUAAACCCAUAUUCAUAGUACGACCACCCUUUCUGAAGAACAUCCAUUCAUUUUCAAGAAGUCUCCAUACAAAUCAACGAUACAUUCAUCAAACAAUAAAAUCUCCAAACAUUCAACAAUCAACAGAUGAAAAUUUCAAUUUAUCAAGAUCAUUAUUAAGCACUGAUCCAGUUAAAUGUGGAGAUUAUAUCAUUCCACCAUUACCAUUAAUCACAAAUGAUGCUAUAUAUAGACAAGUUUUCGAUUUUUCAUUAGAAUUAGUUCAACCAGAUGAAUUACCUGAUGGUUCAUCUAAAUUAGAAUGGUUAGGUGAUGCUUUUUUUUCAGAUUCUUUAAUAAAUAUGAUGAAACCAAUGGUACAAACUGAAUCAUUGAAGAGUCAAGGUUAUGAUUCUAAUAUAGUUUUCCAAGAUGAUGAAACAAAGGAGUAUAAUAUUCAUUAUUAUGAAUUUAAUUCCAAAAAAGUACCCAAAUCUUAUCUUGGAGAACUUCAAAGUAAUUCAAUUAUGGCAGAAUGGUCAAAUGCUUAUGGAUUAGUAAAUAUGAUUUAUCCAAAGAUCAAAAGAGAUAAUUUAUUAGGUAAAAAAAUUGAUCAUAAAAAUCAUGCAGAUAUUUUUGAAUCUUAUAUUGGUGGAUUAUAUCUAAAUUAUAAAGAUGAUUUGAAGAUAGUUAAUGAAUAUAUUAAAGAGUUGAUUAUGGCUAGUAUUCCCAUGUUGAGAGGAAGAUAA